AUGACUGCAGCUUGCCGGGGCCUGCUGCUGCCUGCAGUGCUCAAGAACGGCACCAGCGGUGCAGAGCGUUCCCUCCCAGGGGCAGCUGUCGCGCAGCUUCUUGCGCCGAGGAAGCUUGUUACAAUGCUGACCGGCUGCCCCGAGCUGGCAGCUGCAGCACUGCCAGUCGAGGAUGUCUCCUCAGCACCGGCCAUCAAUCAACAUGGGCGCGUCUGGCUCAGCGUUCCUCUCGCCUUGGCCCCGCCCCGCAUUGGUGUCACUGACCCCGGAAGGACCGAGUCGGCCGAGGCACAGGUAGUCUUCUUGAAGUCGGAGGAGACAGGGGAGCAGCGCAAGCUUAAGCUACAUGACUUACAGCCAGACGGGACUGGCAGACUGGACUGGGCUGCUGCGAAAGAGGCUUUUGGUGCCGACCUACUUGAAAUUGAAGACGAGGGAACACCGGGGCUCCUACAAGAAGGCGGCAGGAAAGGACUGACCAGAGACACCUACAAGCCUGGGGAGAACAUAUUGGUCAUCGUCGCUCGCAGAGCCCAAGACUUGGCACGCCCUUUGCUUGCUGAGACUGCAUCGUACACAUCUGUUGCCAAGAGGUGGAAAGAGGAAGGAAGGGUGGUUUUGCAGACAUACCUGCACCAGGACGAGGGAGAAUUCGAUGAUUUUUGGUUGGAGAAAGGAGCAGAGCUGCAAAGGCUGGCAUUCACAGCAGAGGUGUGCGAGAUCGAGACUGGCAAUGACGUACCGUACGAGGAUGGGGCAGCGAUCUUGGCCGGUAUCUGGCAGCACGUUAGCAUUCCACCAGGGAGGCGUUCAGAAGCAAGUUUUUUCAUAGCCAAGGCAGCGCACCCAGGCCAGACACGUCCAGACGUGGCCUUUCUUGGCUACAACACCGCGCUCAUCGAUCGCGCUGAGAGGGCGCGCAAGGCAAGGAAGGUGGAUACCUUCAUCUUGCCUGGAGGCGUCACAGACAACCGGCUCAUCCGCUGUGCCAUAGUCACGGCGAGCAACGAUGGCGCCAUGCAAAAGAUGGUUGCAAACAGGAAUCUCCUGCCAUUGAUGCGUGAGGACUUGCCUACCUCGGGCCGGAAUGCCAUCGACACCUCGUCUGCUGGCUUCAAGGAGCUCACGUUCCUUCUUUGGAGCGCGGAGCGGGAAGAUCUGCGGCUGCGGGCUGCUGCGGAGAGCAACAUGUCUUGUGAAGGCCCAGGCACCAGGCGCAUCUCCGUCCUUGCCAGCGAUGGCGCCAGCGUGGAAGCCGAUGUCCACGCAGUUCUGUCCCCUCCUGGACUGGGCGGUGCUGUGUUUUCCGGCAGUUUGCCGGCCUCUUCUGUGCCAGUGAUCGUCAAGGCCGGCCCUGCAGCAGGCAUUGUGCUUGCAGCCGAGGCGCUGUGCCUGGAGCCCGAGCAAUUCACCCAGGUGCCGCGUGAGGCGGAAGCCCUGAGGCGGCUUGGGAGUCACAGGCACUCAUCUCUGCCACAGCUGCUGCAUUUCGGUCAUUGCAUGGGUGCCUCGGGGCCCAUCCCGGUCCUCAUCACCAGAAAAUAUGGCGACACCAUUCUCCUGCCUGGAGGCCGGCUGCCUCGUCUUCCGCACCACGAACUGUUCUUCAUGGCUGCAGACGUGCUCAGUGGCAUCCUGGUCUUGCAGGAUCAUGGCAUCAAGCACAGUGAUGUGCAUCCACGCAACAUCGGCCAGUACGAGUCGAGCUCCACCCAGGACAGGGAGCGCUUCUACCUUUUCGACCUGGGGGCGGCAGUGCUUGAUGCAGAGCUGGCACCGCCGCGCAGCCCCCCUUGCAGCCCCCGCUUCAGCAGCCUGGACGUCAUCAAGGGGUGCCCCCCCGGCGCGCUGAGCGACGUGGAGUCGCUGGUGUAUUGUGUGCUCGCACUCUCGGGCGCCGGUCUUCCCUGGGAUGCCGCAGCGGCCAAAGGUGACCGGAUGGUCUGCAUCACGGCGCGAGUGUCGAUGAUGGCGGAUCCAAGCGAGUCCGGCGCGCUCUCGGCCCUUCCCGAGGUGCUGGAGUGCUUCUGCCAGCAGGUGCUGCGUGCAUCUUUCGACGGCCAGCGCGACACCAAGCCGAGCCUGCAGAGCUGGAUGCACAGACUGCGCAAGGCUGGCCUGAGCAGGCGUGCUGGACGCGGUGUUCCUCGGCCAUCAUUCCCUGCAAAGAGCAUCAGCAGGCCUUUAAGCGUGCAUUAG